ACUCGGAAUCGAAAGCACCGAACCCAUGGCGAAAUCAGUGGGAUCUCGCAUUUUGCAACACACUUUACGAAAAAGCAUGUGAUCAAACGAAGCAUUGGACAUCAUUGAUCACGUGGUAAUCUUACUUUCAAACAAGCAUCCGUACAUUGUAUCGGAUCAGUAGUGCUUUGAAAACUGCAUCGGAGCUCAGAUAUCUAUCAAGCGUCCCUUCACUAGUUUCAAGUGUUGAUUUCACAUUCACUGACCGGCUACUACAGCCUGGGAUUGUCUUCUCAGAGACGAAACAGUGACAACCGAGUCUUGGUCGUGCGUUGAAAAUGGAAAAGCACAAAGUGCUGGACCAACUCCUGGAGGAGCUGCAGUGCUUCCUCCUUAUCCUGGAUCGGGAAAACCUGAGUGGGAAUGCCACUGUGCAGAAAGGCCUGCUGUCUGACCUGCUGCAGUCCUAUAGAUGCUCCAAAGGUGGUGGUGGUGAUGAGGAGUACAUCUACAUGAACAAAGUCAUUGUGACUGGGCAGGAUCAGGACAAAGCUGACAGAGACAACAGAUCAGAUGCCCUGGCCAAUGGGAGAGCAGGAAAACAUGUUCCCGCCCCACAGAAGAGUCUUCCAGACUUGCCACCACCAAGAACAGUUGAUGUAGGGAGAGAGCCCUUCCUCCAGCCCUCUGCCCCAGCCCCGGCCUGCUUGGAGCUUCAGGAGGGAUAUUACGAGGAGGCCCAUCCCUAUGACUCGGCCAUGAACGAUGUGGGUUGUUUUGGUCUCCUCUCGGGAGCAUGGACACGUGUAAAGAGCUCAGACAAUGUGGUCUAUGCUGUGAUCACAAGGGACGACGGUGAGGCAGUGAGCAGCUCCUACGAGUCCUACGAUGAGGAGGAAGUGACCAAGGGGAAGUCAUCGUUAUCGGCGCAGCACCAGUGGCCGUCCACCGAGGCGUCCAUCGAGCUGAUGAAGGAUGCGCGCAUCUGCGCCUUCCUCUGGAGGAAGAAGUGGCUGGGCCAGUGGGCCAAGCAGCUGUGUGUCAUUCGAGAACAUCGCUUCCUGUGCUACAAGAGCUCCAAGGAGCAGAUGCCGCUGUUGGACGUGAGCCUGCUGGGCUGCAGUGUGGUCUACAAGGAGAAGCAGCCCAAGAGGAAGGAGCACAAGCUGAAGAUCAUCCUCAUGGGAGGAGAGGCCAUUGUUCUGGGCCUGCAGAGCAAGGAUCAGACAGAGCAGUGGCUUAAGGUGAUCCAGGAGAUCAGCCCUAAACCAGCAGAGGGCUCUGAGAUGCAGCACUUUGUGUCCGACUCCCCACGACUCAUCUGCACUAAGGGGGAGCUCAGUGAGAGGUAUUCAGUUGCAUCUGAAAGUGGCAGCAGCACAGACAGCCAUGCUGAGACCCUUGAAACUAAAGAUGUGAAGAAGAAAUACAGUGCAGGCCUGAAAUUCAGUAACUUAAUGAACAUUGGCAAGAAGAAGACCUCUUCCUUAGACAGUCCAGAGAAAUGUGUCGACACCUCAGGUUACCUCAACGUGCUGGUAAACAGUCAGUGGAGGAGCCGCUGGUGUCUGAUAAAAAAUGGGCAGCUGGGGUUUUACCAGGACAAGGGCAAGACUAAAGUGGCCCAGCAGCCUGUGCCUCUGGAGGGAUGCAUGGUCCUGCCAAACCCCAGCCCUGAGCACCUCUACUCCUUCCGGAUCGAGAUGGAUGGGGUACAGCUAGCCACGCUAGAGGCCAAGUCGUCAGCUGAUAUGGGUCACUGGCUGGGUCUUCUGCUAUCCCAGACUGGGACUAAGACAGACCCUGAAGAACUCACCUAUGAUUAUGUCAACUCCGAAAGGAUCUCCAGCAUAGUCAAUGCAGCCAAGACCUCCUUGUAUCUGAUGCAGAGGAGGUACUCAGAGCCUAGCACCUACAUAGACAGCCUUUCCUCGGCCCCCCACGGUUCAGAUGACAUAUAUGACGAUGUGGCUUCUAUAGAGGGCGAACAAGAGGAUGCAGAGGAGAGCGGUCUUUUGGAUGAUCAGGAGAGCAGUGGUCAAUGUCGUCAGGACAGCACUGGACCGUGCGGUCAAGAUGGCGAUGUGGUGGUGGUGGACAGUGCAGGGCAGGUUGCAACAGACAAGGUUUACUUGGACCUCAUUCCUGUACGCUCGUUCCUCCACACGUCCUGUGGCAGAGGGUCCCCAAACAAAGAACCCCCCCGCCCUUCACCCACCCCCCCUGAGGAGCAGCAGGACCUCCCUAGUCAGGUUGAUUCGAGCAACCAGUCUGAGAAAGAGCUUCCACCAUCCCACAAUGGAGUGGAUCCCACUGCUCCCACCAACAGACCUGAGCAGGAGUGCCCCCUGUCUCCCAGCCCUCUACGGCCCCAUACCCAGACUCAGAAGACCUCCCUCCUCAGCCAAGACAUGCCGAGGAGGGCCAGUCCAGGCAUACAGCACCCCCAGGACCCCAGCACAACCACCCUUAACAUACAGCCCCCCAAAACCCCUCAGAGUCCUGCAGCUACCACUCUUGUAUUCAGCCUUCCCCCUCACAGUCCCCAACCUCUCAGACUUCGGAGUGCCAGCAGUGGAGACCAAAGGACCAAAGUCUUAUCCACAGCCUGCCCCGGGGCCAUCGAGGUAAAGCUGGGGAAGAACAGAACGGAGGCGGACAUGCGGCUUUACACGGAAGAGCGUGACCGGCUGGAGAGGGAGAAGGAAGAGAUAAGAAGCGGCCUAGCCAACCUGAAGAAGGAGAGGAGGGAGACCAAGGAGGAACUCAGCACCUGCCAAGACCCAGUGCAGCAGGCUUCGCUGGAUGCAUGUCUGAAGCAGAAGGAGGAGGCGUGCCGGGAGGCGGAGCAGUGGCGGGUGGAGGUGGAGCUACGAUUGAUGGAGGUGAAGGAGAGUCUGAGGAAAGCAGAGGCGGGGCCUUUCAUUCUGGGCACCACAUUGGACAGCUGCCUCCUGGACACACCCAUGGCGAAAGCAGCAUCCAUGGGCCCCCCACAGACUCCCUCUCCCCCCACAAACUAUGGGGACUCCUCUCCUGUCAACUCCGCCACCUCGCUAAAGAAUAGACCCCCGUCAAUCAUGGCAUCCAGCAAAGGCAACGUCCUGCAGAAGGCUAAGGAAUGGGAGAAGAAAUCCACCACCUAGGGGUGAGCAAGACUUUCCCUUUGAUCUCUGAUGACAUUUGAGGUCAUCAUUAUGACCUAUGGCCAGGUCAGGUGCUAUGCUUUGGCAAGGAGGGGCUGCACUGGGGGGCUAGGGAGGCAAAGGGUACCACCCCCACCACCUCCCUGCCCCUCCACCUGCCUCUGUCCAACCAGAGAAUAGGACAGAAACGAAUGGCUCCGCAGAAAGCCAAUCAGAGACCAGGCACACCUGUCUACUGGAAAACCAAUGCCACUGGACAAUUCUAGAUUUGAAAACUAUUGAAGUCGUUUUUUUUUCAUAUAGUCACAUUUUCAUAUCUUCACAUAAAAAAAAAAUGUUUGAGGUUUUUUGAUAAUAUACCGGAUUGUUUUGGGAAAUAUGGAAAUAACACCUAAAUACCCAAAGAUGAGACCACUGCGAGCCACUUUCCUCCUACACCAGCAUGCCACAGGGGAUGACACCCCUACUAGGUCUACCAUUUGGUACAGUCUAGAUUGUAGCUUGGUUCAUGUAUGCUGAUAGCCAAGAUGUAAAUACAUAUUACACUGUUCUGUUCUGUUAACUUUUUAACUUGUAUGCUAGCUAAAACUUGCACUUUUAUUCAAAUAAAAGAACUUAGUACUGACAGAAA